GGCGCCGUUAAGCUCCGCCCAGCGCCGGUUCCGGUUCCGGUGCGGCCCAUGGCCGCCGCCGCCCGCUGAGGGCCCGGCCCGGCCCGGCCCGGCCCCGCCGGUCACGAUGUCCUCGCGCUCGGCGCUGGCGGCGGGGAACGAGCGGAACGUGGACACGCUCGGUGGCAGCCGCUCGGAGAAGGGCUCGGGCUGGUCCAGCCGCUCGCUCGGCGCCCGCUGCCGCAAUUCCAUCGCCUCGUGCCCCGAGGAGCAGCCGCACAUCGGGAACUACCGGCUGCUCCGCACCAUCGGCAAAGGCAACUUCGCCAAAGUGAAGCUGGCGCGGCACAUCCUCACCGGCAGGGAGGUGGCCAUUAAAAUCAUCGACAAGACCCAGCUGAACCCCACCAGCCUGCAGAAGCUCUUCCGGGAAGUUCGUAUCAUGAAGGGGCUGAACCACCCCAACAUCGUGAAGCUGUUUGAGGUCAUUGAGACAGAGAAGACGCUGUACCUGGUGAUGGAGUACGCCAGCGCCGGUGAAGUGUUCGACUACCUCGUGUCCCAUGGGAGGAUGAAGGAGAAGGAGGCGAGAGCCAAGUUCAGACAGAUCGUCUCGGCCGUGCACUACUGCCACCAGAAGAACAUCGUGCACCGGGACCUCAAGGCCGAGAACCUGCUGCUGGACGCCGAGGCCAACAUCAAGAUCGCGGACUUCGGCUUCAGCAACGAGUUCCGCCUGGGCUCCAAGCUGGACACGUUCUGCGGCUCCCCCCCGUACGCCGCGCCCGAGCUCUUCCAGGGCAAGAAGUACGACGGGCCCGAGGUGGACAUCUGGAGCCUGGGGGUCAUCCUCUACACCCUGGUCAGCGGCUCCCUGCCCUUCGACGGCCACAACCUCAAGGAGCUGCGGGAGCGGGUGCUACGGGGCAAGUACCGGGUCCCCUUCUACAUGUCCACGGACUGCGAGAACAUCCUGCGCCGCUUCCUGGUGCUGAACCCGGCCAAGCGCUGCACCCUCGAGCAAAUCAUGAAGGACAAAUGGAUCAACAUCGGCUACGAGGGGGACGAGCUGAAGCCCUACAAGGAGCCGGAGGAGGACUUCGGGGACACCAAGCGCAUCGAGGUGAUGGUGGGCAUGGGCUACACGCGGGAGGAGAUCAAGGACUCCCUCAGCACCCAGAAGUACAACGAGGUGACGGCCACCUACCUCCUGCUGGGCAGGAAGAGCGAGGUGGAGGCGGGGGACACCCGCAGCGGCAGCACCUUGUCCUUAGCGCGGGUGCGGGCACCCAACGACGUGGCCAACGGCAAGAGCGGCGCCUGCCACGGCAAGAGCCAGCGCGGGGCCGGCACCUACCACCGGCAGCGGCGCCACAGCGACUUCUGUGGCCCAUCGGCGGUGCCGCUGCCCCCCAAGCGCAGCCCCCCCGGCGCGGCGGAGCCGGAGCUGCGGGACGAGCGGGGGGGGCGCAAGGCCAGUUGUGGGGCGAUGGCGGGGGGGGGCCGCGGGGUCACCCCCCACCCCUCCAGCCCCAUGGUCAGCAGCGCCCACAACCCCAACAAGGCCGAGAUCCCCGAGCGGCACAAGGACGGCGCCGGCAACGCCCCCAACGUGCCCCCGAGCGUGAUGGGGCGGCGCAACACGUACGUGUGCACGGAGCGGCCCGAGCGCGCCCCCCUGCUGCCCAACGGCAAAGAGAACAGGUCCGGGCCCCCCCGCGCCCCCCCCCGGCUUCCCCCUCCACCACCUCGAUUCCUUUCCUUCAUCCACAGGAUGGCAGAGAAACCCCCCGGAACCCCCAGUAGGUCCUGGGAGGAGGAGGACGGGGCUCCCCAGAAGAGCAGAUCUUCACCGGAGUCCUAUGAGGAACCCCCGGGCCUGCCAUUGAGGACUGAUGCCACCUGGUUACCCGUGUACACCCUGGAGCGGGACAACGUGGAGCGCAUCGAGGCCUUUGUCAAAAGCCCAACAAUGGACGAGUACGAUAAGAUUGGCUUUCUGGAGAGCAUCUGCAGCCUGUUGAGCACCGCCAGGUACGGCGGCUUGCACCAGGGGCUGGAUGUCUUCUGCCACAAAUGCCAUCUAGCAGAGAUGAUCAAGACGCUGCUCCAACAGGAGCCCAUGGACCCAGUGUGCACCAAGGUGCGGCAUCUCGCCAUGGAUGCCAUAGCAGAAUUGAGCUCAGUGGAGACAGGGCUGGCAGGGCAGGAGGAAAGCCUCCUGGAAACCUGCUGCAGAAGUGUCUUCUUCCUUCCUCCAAAGGAGGAGUUUUCAGACAUGCACACAUACUACUUUAUCUUCAUGCUGGAAUCCAUGGACAACAUGCUCCGGAGGCUGGUGCUCAAUUUUCCUGCCCCCAGGGUCAGCGAGGAGCUGCAGAACUUCCUGCAGGUCCUGCUGAGCUUCACCAGCUCUGAGAGCACCGUGGUGCGGGAGAGGGCCCUGGGGAGGAUCAGGACACUGAGCCAGUUGCUGUUUCACCAUCACACACUGAGGGGCUUCCGCCUGACUGAAACAGACCUAUGCAGCCCUGUCUCCCAGGAAGAACUCUCAGUCCCGCUCCUGGGACAGCUUCUGGGUCGUCUCAUCCUUUUCCGAUUUGCCGAGGAUGAGACAAGGUCUCCAGCUUGGAGUGCUCUUUGGUGCCUCUAUAAUUACCUCCACCAGCAAAAAACAUCUUGA